AACAUCAUCGCCAUACGGGUUGCCACGCUCGCACUCUACACGUCGGCAUAUAUCGACAUAUACGUCCAAUAUACAUAUCCCUCCGCUUCAUUGUCGUUCGACGCAUCGAACUACGUUUGGCCGCCGCUUUUGCGCCGAUAGGACAGUCUUCAUUCUGUGUCACACACCCGUGCGAGGCUCACAGCCCCGGGGUCGGUCGCAGUUACCGGUCGUUGGGGGAAGAACUCCACGGCAACAAACAAUUCAACUUAUCUUCAAUUGAUUUUUCAGUCUGGGAUUCGUGACAGACACUUGAUUGCUAUUAUCUUGUCAAAAUGGGCUCAACGCAAUUCGGCAAUUUCCAUGACUUUUGUCGCGAUACAACGCUGCCGGUGUGCAAUCUUUUCGUCCCAAGCAAUCAACCUCCCAACGUCGCCUUUGGGGGCUGUGCGCUCACCGGUAUUCAUCUCACCAAUGGCAGAUAUUUGGGCAAUUUAGGGUCAAUCUUGGCCGCCUUUCUCGCGAUACUUGCCUGUAUUUUCCUGCUUCUCUUAUCGGAACGAAAACGUGCGGCUGUGGGAAGAAGGGAGAUUCAAUUAUUCUUGCUCGGCUAUAUCGUUAUUUCGAUUUGUGAGAUUUUCACGGUUGGCGCGUUCCCUUUAUCAGAUGAUGUUCGCAAGGGAUUCUCUGCCGUACAUGUCGCGGCUAUAACUGCUACCACCUGGAUAUUAUUUCUAAAUGCACUGGUCGGUUUCCAGCUUCUUGAUGACGGCACUCCGUUGUCUGUGGGUCUCUUCGCAGGUUCAGCGAUAGUCCUCUUUAUCGGAACUGGGUAUAUCGCUUUGGACACUGGUUUCAGCUGGACUGGUCACUUUGAUUCUAGUCUGUCCGGCAACAAUCGCAACAUUGGCCUUUACGUGUUGUACCUGUUGUUUCCGCUUGUCUGUCUAUUUUUCUUCUAUAUUCUAGAAGUCAUUCUCGUUUUGAGAGUUCUUGGGGAACGAAGACCAUUGAUCUACCUCACUCUUGCUGCUCUUCUCUUCGCCAUCGGCCAGAUCUUUGACUUUGUCAUCAGCCCUCACAUCUGCAAUCCCGUCCACGGCAAAAUCAACGGCGCCUUUUUCGAAACGCUAUUCUCACUCUUCUCUGUCGUUACUGUGUGGCUGUUCUGGAGUAGCAUCACCGAAGAUGACUGGCCAGCAGCUUCCAGCGGCUACACCUAAUGCUCAAUCCAGCCAAAACGCAUGGAUGAAUCUCUAUAUAUACGAAUACGAAAAAUAACCAUAAAAAGACGAACCUUUGCAAUUUUGCUUUGCACAAAGAUGUGCAAAGCAAACGCCUAAUAUCACGCUCGAUUCUCGACAUGUCCUUGAUAAUAUUCACUUCUUUUUUCCCGCGAUCGAUAUGAUUUAUUUCCUCUAUGUCAGCGAUAUGAUUCCCUUUCCUUAUCUGUCUACUUGAUACCUCAGUACAUAUUCGUUUGCCAACGAUUGCAGACUAUCUUCAUUCUAUGAAUCUGGUGGUGUUACAAGAUGAAUGUCUUGCUGCUCUUGGUUUCUGUUGUAUACCAAAUGUAUCAUGCGUACGAUAUGAUAUGUGGUGUAUGUAUUUAAUUUAAACUGUUUAUUGAUUCAAUAAAACG